CUAAUUUUCAUGCCCAAGUUGAACCCGGUGCAGGCAACGAAAUAUAACUCUUUUCGUAAUCAUUCGCAUCGAGCUCAACCGGGCAGUUUUGAACGCUUACAAUAUUUGCAAGCUCUUUUGAAAGAAUAUACAGAAACGGAUUUACCUGAAUACAAGGAACAGAUCGUCGCUAAUUUCGCCAAUUUUUCUUAUGAUCCUAGAAACAGUCCCCACUUAUUACAAUUAAACAUUCUUGAUCUCUUUUGUGAUAUUAUAAAAAUUCCCGCCGAGAUAUGGCUCUCUAAUGAAACGUCUUCUAGUGGUGAUUCACUCUCCCAGCAUCAAAUUCGACUUGCUUCGUUUGCUGUCGCCGGUCUUGCGAAUCUCUCCUCUGCUUCUUCUAGUAACCGCGCCAAACUGCUCGCACACCCAUGUCUCCCUCUUCUAGUUUGUUGUCUUGCCUCUCCUGAUUGUUCAAUAGUUGUAAAUACAUUCACGAUUCUCAUACAUUUGGGCUCUGGCAAUUCUCUUAUUACAGAACCAAGUCAAAGCUUAGGCGCUAGAUUUCCAAGUGCAAAAAAAGCUGCGGAGGCAUAUCAAUCUGCGGCUAGGACCUCUACGUUGCCUGAUAAAAGGAUAGGCAUUUUGGCAAGCAUAUUUUUGGAGGAUUGCUGUACUCCUAGAAAAAUUGUUAUCCUUCACAAAUAA